ACCACUCGUUUUCACGCUUGUUUUUCACUCUAUCAAACAAAAUUAUCACUACACAAUUUCACUCUCUCUCACAAUAAAAUGUGAAUUUCACCCAAAAUCACAACCACCAAAGCAAGAGAUGUCUUCAUGCCGCUCCUCCGCCAUGUUCAUCGGUCCAAAAACUUCCAUAAUCAUCCGGAGAAGUCGUUUUUUCAUCGGCAAGCCAGCCAAAUUUCGGUGCCUUUUGAGUCCAAUUUUGCCGGAAUUCGCGGUCACGGCGUCUCUGAGCUCAGUUUUGUCUUCCGGAAACAUGAUUGCGGCCGCCGCUGGAUCGAGCACGGCUCAUGGAGCUGUGACUUCAGCUAUCACGCAAGUGGCGGUGACGGCGGUUGCGAUUGCUUCAGGCGCUUGUCUCUCCACGAAGGUGGAGUUUCUGUGGCCUAAAGUUGAUGAGCGACCAGGAUCUCAUAUUCUUGAUGGAGUAGAUGUUACUGGGUAUCCCAUAUUCAAUGACACAAAGGUGCAAAAGGCUGUUGCAUUUGCAAGGAAAGCUCACCAUGGUCAGACGAGAAAAACAGGGGACCCCUAUAUAUCCCACUGUAUUCACACAGGCAAAAUUUUAGCUGUUUUAGUCCCAUCAGAUGGUAAAAGAGCCAUUGAUACAAUUGUAGCUGGGAUCCUCCAUGACAUAGUUGAUGACACGUGUGAAAGUUUGGACAGCAUAGAGCGAGAAUUUGAUUCUGAUGCUGCAAAGUUGGUGGCUGGAGUCUCCCGACUGAGCUAUAUUAAUCAGCUACUACGAAGACGCCGCAGAAUGAGUGUAGGUCAAGAUACACUCAACCAUGAAGAGGCAAAUAAUUUACGAGCUAUGCUUCUGGGCAUGGUUGACGAUCCACGUGUCGUUCUCAUCAAGCUUGCAGAUCGACUUCACAAUAUGAGAACCAUAUAUGCUCUACCUCCCAGCAAAGCCCAGGCUGUGGCACAGGAGACAUUAGCUAUCUGGUGCUCACUUGCUUCCCGACUGGGUCUAUGGGCUCUUAAAGCUGAACUUGAAGAUCUGUGCUUUGCUGUCCUUCAGCCUAAAGUGUUUCGUCAACUGAGGGCAGACCUUGUGUCCAUGUGGAGCCCUAGUAACAAUGGCAACCUAAGAAGAAUAUCAACAAAGUCAAGUGGUGUUGUACACUUUCAAGAAUGUGAAGAAUCUGGAGAUUUGGAUGAGGAAAAUAGCAUGAAGGUUCUUUUGCAAGCUGUGCUUCCAUUUGAUCUCUUAUUGGAUAGAAAAAAACGUGUAGAUUUUUCUCACAAUUUUGCAACAUGCUUGGAUACUCCAAAAAAACCCAAAGUUGUGAGGGAUGCUGGUGUUGCUUUGGCAUCACUAGUAGUUUGUGAAGAAGCAUUGGAGCGAGAAUUAUUUAUUUCAACAUCUUAUGUUCCUGGCAUGGAAGUAUCGCUAUCUGGACGGCUAAAAAGUCUGUAUAGCAUCUACAGUAAGAUGAUAAGAAAAGAUGUCGGAAUCAGGAAAGUAUAUGAUGCCAGAGCAUUGAGGGUCGUUGUUGGAGAUAAGAAUGGAACUUUGCAUGGACAGGCGGUUCAAUGUUGUUACAAUCUACUUAACAUUAUACACAAACUUUGGGCCCCAAUCGAUGGCGAAUUUGAUGAUUACAUUGUCAACCCAAAACCAAGUGGUUACCAGUCACUUCAUACUGCGGUCCAAGGGCCUGACUCUUCUCCUCUUGAAGUUCAAAUACGAACACAGAGAAUGCAUGAGUAUGCUGAACAUGGGCUUGCUGCACAUUGGCUAUACAAGGAAACAGAGAAUAUAUUGCCAUCAAAGAUAUUUGUAGAUGAUUCUAACAUUGGGGUCUUGCCAGAUUUUUCUGAGAAAAUAGAAAAUCAAGCUUCCAUUGAGAGUGAUAUGCUACUAAAAUAUAGCUCACUUAAAGUAGGUCAUCCAGUUCUUAGAGUGGAAGCUGGCCAAUUGCUUGCUGCAGUUAUUGUCAGCGUAGAUAAUGAUGGAAGAGAAUUGCUUGUUGCUGUGGGUUUUGGUCUAGCUGCUUAUGCUGCAGUAGCUGAAAGAAGAUCCCCAUACCAAAUAAAAAGAUGGGAAGUUCAUGCAGAUCUAUUUAAAAAGGUAUCGGAUCAAUGGUGGUGCGCACCAGGACACGGGGAUUGGUGUACUAACUUGGAAAAGUACACCCUUUGUCGUGACGGUAUAUACCACAAGCAAGACCAAUUUGAACGAUGUUUGCCUACUUUCAUCCAAGUCAUCGAGUUGACAGAGUGGGAAGAAGCUGAAUACUGGGCUGUUGUCUCAGCUGUUUUUGAGGGGAAACCGACUACUCCAUCUGUUUUCAACUCAAACUCUGUGAAGCCUACCUCUGCUUUUAAUUCUGCUUUGCUGGACAGUGGCAUCAAUAACAAGGUACAACUUCUAAGAACAAUGCUUCAAUGGGAGGAGCAGCUGCGUUCGGAAGCAGGGCUACGACAGCUAAAGUUCGACAGGAAAUUCAGGAAUGCAGAGUCGCUUUCCCUCGGUGAGGUUGCAGUGGUGUGCUGGCCGCACGGGGAAAUAAUGAGACUGCGCAAUGGUAGCACAGCCGGUGAUGCUGCUAGAAGGAUCGGACUUGACGGGAAGCUCGUGUCGAUAAACGGGAUGCUGGUGUUACCCAACACAGAGUUGAAAGAUGGUGAUGUAGUUGAAGUCAGGCUGUAAAUAUUAGUCUCACAUUUGGCCAAGUACAUACUCCAUUUUCUUUCCAUGUGUAUAAUUUGGCAGCUGCAACUGUACAUUGUAAAUUCUAAUAUUUGUACUAUUCUAACUAGUAGGUAUAGCAUGUAGAUAAUUCGCGGGAAAUAAUUAUUCUUCUCGCAUGCCAUUAAAUAUCUCAUUGUAUUAUUUUAA